AUAAAGGAGUGGACUAUAAAAUCCGACAUUGGUCAACUGCAGAGUUCUCGCUGGGGUAGUACUGUUCAGAGGUUUCAUCACACACUGAAGUGGAAGUCCAAUUUCAGAGAAGGCAUUUACACCGCUUUUUGAAGAAAGAAUAAACCUUAGGGACCAAAGGAUUACAAUAUGAACCGGACAACCAACAGGCAAACCACCUCUUCAUCCUCUUACAAGAGGAUGUUCGGCGGCGAAGGACGGCCCAGUGUCGGGAUGGCUCGGUCCACCUUGUCUAGCCGCCAGUACUCGAGCCCGGUGCGCUCCUCUCGGAUGUCCUACAGCGUCUCCUCCGCUCCGCCGAGCAUUUACGCCUCCAAGAAUGUCCGACUUCGCAGCAGCGCCCCGAUGCCCCGGCUCUCGUCGGAUACGGUGGACUUCGCCCUGUCCGAUGCCAUCAACUCGGAGUUCAAAGCCAACCGGACCAACGAGAAGGCGGAGAUGCAGCACCUCAAUGACAGGUUCGCCAGCUACAUCGACAAAGUGCGCUUUCUGGAGCAGCAAAACAAGAUCCUGUUAGCGGAGCUGGAACAGCUAAAGGGCAAAGGCGCGUCCCGUAUCGGGGAUCUGUACGAAGAUGAGAUGAGGGAUCUGCGGAGGCAGGUGGACCAGCUCACCAAUGAGAAAGCCCAUGUCGAAGUGGACCGGGACAACAUGGGAGAGGACAUCGAGAGGCUCAGAGAGAAGCUCCAAGAUGAGAUGAUCCAGAAAGAGGAAGCAGAGCACAACCUGCAGAGCUUCAGACAGGAUGUGGACAAUGCCUCCCUUGCUCGUCUGGACCUGGAGAGGAAGGUGGAGUCUCUUCAGGAGGAAAUCAUCUUCCUCAGGAAGCUGCAUGAUGAGGAGGUUGCUGAGCUGCAGGCACAGAUCCAGGAUCAGCAUGUCCAGAUUGAUAUGGAUGUUGCCAAGCCUGAUCUGACGGCUGCCCUGAGGGACGUGCGUGUGCAGUACGAGACCCUGGCCAGCAGGAACCUCCAGGACUCUGAAGACUGGUACAAGUCCAAGUUUGCUGACCUGUCGGAGGCUGCAAACCGUAACACCGAUGCCAUCCGGCAGGCCAAGCAGGAAGCUAACGAGUACAGGCGUCAGGUACAGGCCCUAACCUGUGAGGUGGAUUCUCUCAAAGGAACUAAUGAGUCCAUGGAGCGUCAGAUGAGGGAGCUGGAGGAGAGCUUUGGCUGCGAGGCUAAUAACUUCCAGGACACCAUCUCUCGCCUGGAAGACGACAUCAGGAACAUGAAGGAUGAGAUGGCCCGUCACCUCAGAGAGUACCAGGACCUUCUCAACGUCAAGAUGGCCCUGGACAUAGAGAUCGCCACCUACAGGAAGCUGCUGGAGGGAGAAGAGAGCAGAAUUACCACUCCCAUGCCCAACUUCUCAUCAUUUAACCUGAGAGAAUCCAUGCUGGAGGCAAGACCAAUGAUUGACAACAUGUCAAAGAAGGUUGUGAUCAAGACCAUUGAAACUAGAGAUGGUCAUGUGAUCAAUGAGUCCACCCAGAACCAUGAUGACUUGGAGUGAACAUCACAUAGCAUGUCUCUAUUGAGAAGAGAAAAUAGUUAGCAGCAGCAUACUGGGGGGAAAAUACACUGUCUGGGGAUGAGAAGGCAAAAUGGGAUAUUUCUGUUUGUGAGUAAAACUAAACAAAAACAGCUUUAAAAGUGCCUUUAUGACAUGUUAGGGUACUUGCUGAUGGUAGGGGUGUUGCUAGGUAGGAUAGACACUGUUUAGAGGAGAUGAAACCAGCUUUACUGAAUGUUUCUGUUUGACCACAGACACUGGGCAAUUCUCAAAUGACACUUAUUUUUUCAUGUUAUAGUGCUCUACCUUUUUAUAGGGCUCUAGUGAAAAGUAGUGCACUAAGGGAAUAGGGUGUCAUUUGUGAUGCAACCACACUGAGUCUAGUUUACACUUGCGCUGUUAGACUUAGACCAUAGCAACACUUUGAGCAAUGGCUGUUUUUUUUCUAUUCUAAUUUACCAAAAUCAUGGGAAGGAUUGAAGCACUGUUUCAUGUACACAAACGAGACCAACACAACUGUCAACGCUUCUGUAAGUCAAUAAAGCUUUGAGGAAAAUAACA